UAGCCUCCAACCUCAUGCACAUUCAAAUGUGAGCAGCUUAGUAGCAUCUGGAAUUUUAAAAGAAAUUACAAUUAAAAAGCAAACCAUUCAUGUCCAACCACAAACUUUGGAAUCUUUACCUUUCAACUUUCCUUGCAAAAAACUACCACCUACACAACUUUUUAUUCCCAAAAAAAUCAAAAACAAAACAAACUCUCUAAUUCCUGUUAAGAAAAUCCCAUCGCAUAGCACAACCAAUUCAUACCUUUCUUUCCUUCUCAUUCUGAAAAACUUGACACCCAUGAUUUGCUAUUGAUCUGAGCAAGUCUGAAGUCUUCAAUGGCAUUCAAUUCAUCUUCUCCAAAUCCAGACCUCAGAAACAGAGGAAGAACAGAGGCAAACAAGAACUGAAGAAGUUGAGAUCUAUGAAGCUCCCCAAAAUGUCAAGCUUGAAGCCAUCUGCGAUUCACGUUAAAACCCGAUUUGAUCAAGCUCCUGUUGAAUCAUUCAGUGAUGAUGAUAGCUCAGAACAAAGUCAAAUUGAAUUUUCGGGUACAUCUCCAAAUUAUUUGAAGCCCACCAGCUUUUCUGAUGCAAAGAAAGUAAGUUCUCAGGAAGGAAAUGAAUCUGACUCGGGUUCUGUUGGUUCUUCUUCGUCUUCUUUGACUGAGGACAAUGGAAUUAGAGGAGGAACUGAACUCAGGAAGACAUUGAAGAAGUCCAGAUCAAUCAGACUUGGGAUUUUUGGGAGCUUGAGGCCAACGAGUAGACGGGCUAAAUCUAGAUUUGAUCAGCGUCAUAGCAGUUUGUCCAGCAAUGCAGCAACACCUCCAACCAGAAAAGCCGAUGCAUCGCCGCAUUAUUGGAAGGCAACAAGCUGUUCUGAGGGGAAGAAGAUGCAUUUUCAGGCAAGUCUCCGUGAUUCUGAAUCUAAUUUUGGUAGCAUUGAUGACAAUAGAAGGAAUUCACAUAAAUCAAACUUGGGUUCUUCUAGUUUUAAGUCUAUGCAAACUUUAAGGACACCUAGUAUGAGAAUUUCAAGAAUUUCCAUAAACAAGUCUAGUUUCAAAUCCAAGAGGUCUUCAGUGAAUAAAUGUUCUGAAGAAUCAAGUGUAUAUAGAGCCACCUGCUCAUCCACUUUCAAGGAUUCAAAGUUUCCGAGCCAUGUUGAGCAUGAUCAAGGAGAUACAAAAUCUGAAAAAAAUUCAGUCAUAAAGGUUUGCCGAUACAAUUACUGUUCCCUCCAUGGUCAUCAGCAUUCCCCUACACCCCCAUUGAAACGCCUAUUAUCCAAAAGGAGACGUUCAUUGAAGACCCAGAAGAGCUUGAGACUGAGACGACAAUCCUCAGUAAGAUCGAAAUAUCCUGAUGAUAUAUUGAAAGAAAUUGAAACAAGCCCAAUGGUCACCAAAGGAGAGCCUGAACUUGAAGAGCAGGGUUCUAAUUUGUCUGUACAAAUCUUUACCAAACCAAGAAUUGAACUGGUAAGAGAACAAAGUGAAGGAAAUGAAGAUACUAAUCUCAACCAAGAGAAAAGUGGAGAUUUAGUGACAGAAGUUGAAACAAUUGGACAGUUUGUGCCGGUUGGAGAUUCUAAACCCAAUUCCACUGCUCAUGAAGUAUUCAAAUCCCAGAUUCACAAAAAGAAGCAUAUCAGCAUGUGGCACCUGAUACAUCAGCACAUGGUAUCAGAUCUUGAUGUCGGUGCAGAUGAGAAAAAACAAGUGGAUGACACCAACAGACUGCUUGAGUCACAAAGUUCUGAUUGUUCGCCGGGUUUCUCUGAUUCAUACCAGAAUAUGGGUACUGAAAAUCAUGAUACAGACAAUCAAGAAAUUGAACUCCGUAAGAUUUAUGCCAUCAAGAUGGUGCGAGAAGCAAUUGAGAAGGUUCUUCUUCCAGAAGUUCAAGACCAGUCAUCUGAUGACCAGUCAAUUUGUAGUGACAUUACUUCAGAACAAGACCUCUUAGAGAAGAACGAUAGUGAAGGUGGCAAACUAAGCAUUCCAAAUUCGACAGCUGAAAAGAUCUCAGACCCAGAACAAGAGGUAACAGCAUCAAAGGAGGGGACAAAAACUGAGAAGAGAACACUCAAGAGCUGGAGUAAUUUGAAGAAAUGGAUUCUUCUUAAGAGGUUCGUCAAGGAACUAGAAAAAGUGAAAAAAUUCAACCCAUGGACGCCAAAGCAUCCAUCUUUGGAGCCUGACCCAGAAGCAGAAAAGGUUUCUCUGAGGCAUCAAAUGAUAGAUAAGAAGAAAAGUUCAGAGGAGUGGAUGCUCGAUUAUGCACUUCAACAGGUAGUCAGUGAACUGGCUCCAACUCAGAAAAGAAAGGUGGAACUGCUUAUAAAGGCCUUUGAAACGGUGGUUCCACCAUCAGAUGAACAACAUAUUCAGAUGAUAUUUCCUAAGCUGAAAGGUAUUAGAAAUGAAGGUUGUUGCACUGAAAGUGAACUGGAUGAUCAAUAUGUAUCUCAAGCCACUUACAAUCUCAAAAAGGUUGAAGACAUUGUCACAUCCAAUCCUGAUAAAGAGGACAAGAAUUCCAUCAUCGAUGACACACAAUCCAAUGUGCCUGUGGAUGGAAAAGCAGAGCAAAAAGCACAUGAUGGAAUAAAAUAUUUCAACUUGUCGCAUCUCAAAUUUGAUUCUGCAUCAAGUGGACAAACUAUGGAGGUUGAUGCUUUAUAUGAUGUACCUGAUCAACCAUUGCAUAUAACCAAAAGCCAAAAUGCAGAUGGUAAUGGAGAAUCAACUGUCACCGACUUGGCCGAAGCAGCAGCGGAUAACUCCGUGAUUUCUUCAACUAGUGUUUGUGGCCCUUUGGAGGAAUUCAGUGCAGCCAGGGAACUAAAGAAUGAAGAUUCUGAGCUAGACACCGAACCUGUUGAAGGAUUUAGCCCAGUUGGAGAUUCUGAACUUGAUAACGACGGUUACAAAGGAUACAAAACCGAGGUUAACAAAGAGAAGAAUGUCAGCAUGUGGCACUUGAUCCAUCAACAAAUGGUAGCAGGCCUUGCUGUGGAAGGCAAAACCAAGCAACUUGAUAAAGAAAAUGAAGAGCGCGCGAGCGAUGUCAAGGCAUUAGCUGCAACAGAAAGUUCUGGUUUGGAAUACCAUAACACAGACAGUCAAGAGGUUGAACUCCGCAAGAUUUUUGCCAUCAAGAUGGUGCGACAAGCAAUUGAGAAAAUUCUUCUUCCAGAAGUUCAAGACCAGUCAUCCGAUGAUCAAUCAAUCACUAGUGAAAUUAUGUCAGAUCAAGACCUGAUAGAAAAUAACCAUGGUGAAGUUGGGGAACCAAGCAUCUCAACUUCCAUGGAGAGCAGGAGCAACAAGGUCACAGAUGAUAUAUCAUUAAGUCAAGAAGGGACAAGGCUUGCAACUGCUAAAAUCUCAGAAUCAGAGAAUGAGAAAACAACAUCAAAAGCAGAAGACCAAUCUGAUAAGAAAACACCCAAGGGAUGGAGUAAUCUGAAGAAAUUGAUCCUACUUAAGAGAUUCAUCAAGGAAUUGGAAAAGGUGAGGAAAUUCAACCCAAAGAAGCCACGACAUCUGCCACUAAAGCCUGGUCCAGAAGCAGAAGAAGUUAGCUUAAGGCAUCAAAUGAUGGAUGAGAGGAAAGAUGCAGAGGAGUGGAUGCUUGAUUAUGCGCUUCGGAAGGUAGUCAGUGAACUGGCUCCAAAACAGAAAAGAAAAGUGGCACUGCUUGUAAAAGCAUUCGAAACAGUGGCUCCGUCAUCAGAAGAACCACAGAUUCAGAUGACAUUUCCCAAGUUGAAAGGUAUUAAUCGUGAAGGUUGUUGCAGUGAAAGUGAACAGGAUAAUUUUGCUUCUAAAGUCACUGAAGCAGAAGUAAAAGUCAUGGAUAUUGUCACAUCUAAUUGUGAUAACGGCGACAAUAAUUCUAGCGUCACUGAUAAAAAAUCUGAUGUGGCUGUGGACAAAGAAGAUCAGAAAGAAGUGCAUAAAGAUGCAGUACCAAGUUUCCACUUGGAGCUUCUGAAAGAUGGUUCUGUAUCAAGGGCUAAAACUGUGGAGCUUGAUGGUUUAAAUGGUGUAAAUGUUGAACCAUCCUAUGUAACCAGAAGUGCAGCCUUAGACAGAAGUAGAGAAGCAACAGCAAUUUAUAGUAUUGCUUCAUCAGCUUCUGAUUGUGGCCCAUUGGAGCAACUAAUAGCUGCCAAGAAAGAGAACAGCGGAUCUUCUGAAACUGAGUGCACAGGUGAAGUAGCAAACAAGACCCAGUUGGACAAACAGAAACAUAUCAGCAUGUGGCAACUGUUAUGUCAGCAUGUGGUAUCCGGAAUAGCUACAAAAGCUGAAACCCAGCUCCUUGAUGGAGAGGAUGAGGAAACAACUACUUCUUGUGUUGAAUACUCUACAGCAGAUCAUGAUUCAAGCAGUCAAAAAUUUGGAUUCAGCCAGACGGAUGCUGUUAAGCUAGUGCGAGAAGCAAUUGAGGAAAUUCUUCUUCCAGAUAUUCAAGAUGACUCAUCUGAUGUUCAAUCAAUUGCUAGUGAUGUUGGAGAACCAAGCAUCUUAGAUUCCAUUGAUUCUCCCAAAGAUAGCUUCAGAGAACAGGACGGAAGUGAAGUCAAUCAAGAAGAAAAAGGGUCUGCAGCUCACAAUCUCUGUACCCCAGGUGAUCAAAUAUCAGUAUCAACGGUGGGAAACAAAUCAGACCAGAAAAAGCCCAAGAACUGGAACAAACUGAAGAAAUUAAUCCUCCUGAAAAGAUCCAUCAAGGCACUGGAAAAGGCAAGGAAAUCCAAUCCACAGGCACCACGGCAUUUACCCUUGGAGACUGAUCCACAAGAAGAAAAAGUUGAUCUAAAGCAUCAGCUGAAAGAUGAGAAGGAAAAAGCCCAGGAAUGGAUGAAAGAUUAUGCACUUCAGCAUAUUGUCACUCAACUUACUCCAGCUCGGAAAAGAAGAGUGUUAAUGUUAGUGGAAGCUUUCGAAGCAGUUGUUCCAAUGCCUGAAAUUUAAGCUCAAUCUUGUGUGACUGAUUUUCGUCACUGAGGUUAAAUGAUGGGUAGCUUGGUGCAUUUGAAGUGUUUAAAUUUAUCGAAUUGAGAUGAUUUGCUGGACAGUCAGUGUGGAGGAAACCUUCAUUGGACGAACAACUCGUCAGCAGAGAAAUUAAACUACAGCAUUUUUUGUUUAGGAUGUAGCUAGAUACCAGAUUGGUGUGUCACAGUUGAAAAAUGAUUGAAGGUACACAUAGUAUUUAUUUAUUUAAAGAAUUUGUGGAAGUUAGAUUUGAGGGUAGAAAAAAUACAGAUUCUUUUUACAUUCCUUUGUAUAAAGAUUUGUUGUUCUUUAUAGAUUCUUCAAGGACAAUGUUAUGUAUUGCAAGUGACUCUUGUAUGCUUAUGUGUUUUCUGAUAAUCUAUAUAGAAUGAGGAGGGUGUAUUAUCAAA